AUGUCGAAUUCCAGUGCCGCUUCGGCGUCGAGCGUCGAGUUUUAUGAGAAUGGUACAACGAGUGCAAGAGGCGCCAAUGUUGAAUGGGUUGAGAUUGUCGAACCCCAAUCAAAGCAAACGAUGUACGCCAAUUUAGUAACGGGACAGUGUGCUUGGGAACCUCCUCCAGGAGCGCAAGUAAAAUUAACGCAUCCUAAUCAAUGGUGGGAGCUAUUCGAUUCGAAAACGGGUAGAUACUACUAUUAUAAUGCGGCGAGCAGUUGUACAAAAUGGCAAAAACCAUUAGGAACGGAAAUUGAUAUCAUUCCAUUAGCGAAACUUCAAACAUUGAAAGAAAAUACCGAAGGCGCAUCUCCAAGGGUGCGACGAACGUGUGAAACACAGACGAGCCCGUCUGUACGAAGAAUUCAUAAACAUCAAAAUCAGCAUGUUUUUGCUCAAAAUAUAUCACCAGAAACUGGAAUUGUGUCAUUUCGAAGUAAUAGUCAAAAUUCGCAGAAUACAUUGAACGGAAUGCAAAGCUCUUUUGAUUGGAUGUCUCUUGAUGAAGAUAACAUUUUGAGCGAAAGAAGUGACUAUUGUGUUCCGCCAACGAAACCAGCAGCCUAUGCUUUUCCCACAGCUCCCAGUGCUUCCAGUACUCUUUCACAUGCGCAAUCUUCUGAAUCGAUUCCAGCGAGAUCUUCAAGAUCGGUCUCUCCGCCGAAUAGUGUAAAGCGCUCCUUAUUUUCUUCCGUUACGUCAACUAAGAGUAAAAACAAAAAUGGGUGGUCGAAAGAUUCUCCAAAAUGUGCUCUUACACAGCCCGAUAAUAAGCAAUUGCGAAAAGACACUUCAGCGCUUUUCAAGUUAAUUCAAUCGUAUAUGGGCGAUCGUAAAAGUAAAACAAGUCCAGAUCAGAUUGCACUCUCUUUUUGUGAAUUGUGUACGAAACGAGCUGAAAUUGCUGAUGAGGGAAUUGCGUUGCUCAUUCAACAACUUUCGGACAACGAUCGUCCGGAUAGUUUACGAAAAGGAUGGGAAUUGUUAACAAUUCUGUUAGCAUUCGUGUUUCCUUCAGAAGCUAUCCAUGAAAAACUUGUUGAAUUUUUGAAUAGAAAUUCUGAUCCAAUUUUUGACCUACCGGAGGUUCCAAUCUCAUACUUUUCUCAACAAUGCGUAAAAAGAUUGAGUAAAGUUAUUGCUCGAUUAAAACCAUCAUUAGGGACAAUACAAGAGACGAAAGUACACAUUUUCCGUCCUCCACUUUUUUCGGCUUCUCUUGACGAAUUAAUGCAGAUGCAGCACGAGAAAUUUCCGAAUCUGAAGCUUCCGUGGCUGUUGACCACAUUAAUAGAGCUUCUCUAUCAAGCUGGAGGCCGGAGAACGGAAGGAUUGUUCCGAGUUGCUGGCGACCCGGAACAACUUGCGACUGCACGCGGUCAACUUGAUGGCUGGUUGGCUCCGAAAAUGCACGAUGCAAAUGUGCCUGCCGGUCUGUUGAAAUUUUGGCUUCGGCAGUUACCAGUUCCUCUGAUACCACCGAAUAUGUAUCAACGAGCAUUGGCAGCAGCUGAUAACCCAGCAGAAGCCGUUCGAAUUGUAGAUUUACUUCCGGAAAUAAACCGAUUGGUCUUAGUUAAAGUUAUCGCAUUACUUCAAGAUUUGAGUCGAGAAGAGGUUGUGGCGCGUACAAAAAUGGAUACUUCUAAUCUGGCAAUGGUCAUUGCUCCAAAUAUUUUAAGAUGUGAAAGCGAAGAUCCGAGAGUGAUAUUUGAAAAUACGCGACGAGAAAUGAGCUUUAUGAAAACUUUGAUAUUACAUUAUGAUUCAACAUUUAUCCAGAAUGUUCUUUAA